CCUCGUCGGCGCUCGUACUUGCUGCUGGGAUGAGCACCAACGAGGUCUGUGAAGACCAACAGUCUGCUAGACUCGGCCUGCGGAAGAGGCGGAGUCCAACACUCCGUGCCGUACUUGUCAGACGCUGUGAUGAGCCUUCUGGCAGCCAGAGGUGGCGGAUGGAUGGCCUCGCGCAAAACACUACCGAAAAAAGCCGAAGCAAGGCACAGUUCCGACUGCCGAGUCUGUGAAGAGUGAGGACCGCUUCAAGCCGAAGGAGAAGACUUCUGGCUGGCGACCUGUCGUUUCUGCUCGCUUUGCAGCAGAAUCUGUGAUGCUUUGGCGGCGGCGUUCGUCUUAUCGCUAGAAGCGAGGAUGUGCCACCGAGGAGCUCGUGGAAUCUUGCACGCAUGACGGAAGAGUAGCGUGGCAGCUAUGUUUAGGAGGGGAUGAGCUCCCAGCAUUGGCUCCAAGUGGCUAAAAUUGGGCAAUGGCAGGUGUUCUCCGGGACCUCUCCGUACAGCUCCGUAUGUACGUCGACCCUGGGCUGUGGAUCCAGCUCGAGAGACCGAGUUUUGACAAAUAUGGAAAGCGAAAGGGAGCACCGUGGACUUUAGACCGAGCUCCAAAUCAGAACGAGAAGUGGCUUUCGUUCUAUCAUUCUUCAGGUCGAAUGUCGGUGCGUUGGUCUUAAUCUAUUGGCGUUGGCUUUGUGGUCUUCGUCAAACUACUGCUGGAAAAACUUCGAGCGCACGCCUUCACAAGUUUUCAGCAGUUUGUUUCACAGUACCCGGACACUGACCACUGUCACUACUGCCAUGCCUUCAGAAGUGUGGUUGGUUUUCAGCUGUGGAAAGAGAUUUGGAGCCUUUUAAAGCUAGUCUGAACUCGACUCAGCCAGAGUUGCAACAUUUUUGUAUUGGAAGAUUAAUUUCGUGUCGAAGAUAGAGAGUAGUGGCAAGUCAUGAAGAACGAGGAACAGCUGGGGCCCGGAGGCGACGACGCGACAGUUCAGGUGGUGGCCGCAAAUGGCACAGUCGUGCAUAGUCAUCACAUGCAUGUGCCAAAGGUUUCAGAGUUGAAGCAGUCACUUGCGCAUAUCCACGAGCUUUUGCGUCUCAAGCACAAACCAGCGCUCGGACCGAUUCGAGAUAUAAUUUCCAGAGAGGAGAACAAGGUCCGGGCACCAUGGAGAAGGAAGCUGGGGAAGGCAUUGGAAUCUACGCCCUUCCAUGUCCUUAUCGUCGUUCUGCUUCUGGUGGACCUGCUGGCCACAGCCAUAGACAUCCUCAAAACGGUUCACUCCAAGAGCUCGGAUCUGGACCACUGCACUGUCCUGUUAGAAGAAUGCCAGUGCUUAGAGCACCUGGAACACUCCGAGCAUUGGGAGUUUUUGUACUGGAUAUCGAUCUCUAUCCUUUCCUUCCUGAGUUUGAAUGUCCUGGGACUGCUGGUUGCCUUUGGAAGGUCUUUCUUUUUUCAUCCUGGCUACGUGCUGGAUUCUGUAGUUGUGGGAACCGCUCUGGGUCUGGAGAUUGGCUUGGAUACAGACACUGCAGGAUUGCUGAUCAUCUUGACAUUGUGGCGGAUUGUGAGAGUGGCUCAUGGUAUUUUUGAGGUCACUGAUGGACAUUGGGAGAAGGAGAUUAAGAAGCUAGAGGAGCACAUUCACGAGUCAGAGGCUAUGCACGUUAGAGACCAGGAACGUAUUGCCCAACUAGAAGGGAGAAAAACAGAUUAGUCAGAUCAUGAUAUCAGCAGGUGAGCAGAUUUUGACUUGUCGAGAGGAUAUUUCCCGAAAAGCGUGCCGGCAAGGUUCAUGAUGUGCAAGACAGAAGAAGGCCGGGGCGUGUGUAUUGCUCUUGGGUUGGGAACCUCAGAUUCUCGUCGAUGGAUUUGUGAGCUCAAUGAUGAGAGGUUUUAAGCCCAGCGAUUUAUCAGGAAACGGAUAAUUGAAGACCGAAGGCCGACUGUGCUGUCCAAGAAGGCGAGGUGAGGUGAGCUCCUCUGGGUGGUUCAGAGCUUUUGAGUGCAGUAGCCGAUUUCCUUAGCGCAGCGUAUUGCUGCUUUUGUGUGACCAGUCUCUUAGCGUCACCGGAGUUGUGUAGUCUAAGUUGUGAGUCAGAUUCUGUUAUAAUACUGAAGGCUUGUGGAUCAGAUUCUGGGUCCACAAAUCUUUUGAAUCAGAGCAUGAUGAUCAUCUAAACCUGCAAGAAAAGAUGUAGAAGUUGGUAGAAUUCUUCAGCAGGAUUUGGAUUAAAAUUUAUAUAGAUCAGCCUGUAGCUCCAUUCGGAGAAUUAGCUUGCCAUAGAGUACAACGAGGAGAUCGAGUUGAUGUAACAGUAGAUUUCAGCUCUACUGGUGUUGCUCCGUGGUUUGAUAAUGUGGCUGCUACACUUAGAAGUCAAAUGUUAAGGUCAAAUAGUGAUCGAACUCAAAUAUGUCGAGCUGAAAUGUCGAGAUACCAGAUGAAUUAUCUGGCUGCAGAGGACUCAAAGUUCUUGUCAGAACUGAUUGUGUCAGGAGCAGUUUUUUCCUUCUCCUCGGUGACCUGACUAGAUCUUAUAUCUUCAGGAAGAAAAGUUGCACCGGUUAGUUCUGAUCGCUACCGGCGUGCUUUGUACAUCUGAAGAACUGCAUUUUUUAGGGUUUUCUAAGUAUUCAGUUAUACUGAUAGGUCAUCAAGAAACUACAUUCCACAAUUAUUUGAAAAUUAAGGAGACUGAUUUGAGGGGGCUUCCUAUUCAGCCUUUGACCGCUACCUCGAAUCAAGUAGCUGAGAAACGAAGGGAGUAAAGGAAAACGUGAGUUAGUCGUGAGAU